AUGAUCGACCUUGGCAUUGGAACGGGUUCCAACUCUGUAAUUGGAUACGCCAAUAUUUUGAACCAACUGGCGUCUUACAGCAGCGUUCCAAAAGAUCUGAUAUCUUCCUUGUCGAAGUACUACUUGUCAAUAUACCGAUCAGAACAGCAAAACAAGUACAACAAACCUAUGUUGUGGAUUGGUAUCUAUAUUGCAGUGGCAUCUUUGAUGUGCAUGCUCACUAUGGUGGCUGAUCUAGUAUGUGGGUGGCGAAGUAGAAAACUUUGGUUCCCGUGUAAGUAUUUUACUCUGAAUGCUGCCUCUCUUUCUAUAAUAGCUAUUUCAAUGAAGCUACCAAUGGAUCUAGGUAAUUCAAUGCCCGGUGAUGUUGACCAGGCCGCAAAGCUUGGAAGCAUGGCAUUUAUGUGCACCAUGAUGGUUAAUUUAUUGCCUUCUCUAGCAACCAUGAACACUAGGGAACUUAUCACAAACAUCAUAGCUUUAGAUGUUCUGGUAAUCACCUUGGUGGUAAAUGUUUGCAUCCAGAUAAAAACCGGAGUUGUUUCCUAUUCAGAAAUUGAGCAUUUGGUUAGUGGUCCUAACUUUCAUCCUAGAGUUCAUUACAAUAAGUUAAUAGCAAGCAUUUAUGUCGCUAUAUUACUCGUGUUGAUAAUUAUACAAACAUCUUCAACUUUAAUGAUUCUAAAGUCCAAACAAAUAUUAGAACUAAAAUAUCGAGAGGGUCAUGAAACAACUUUGAAGGACCUGGAGGUUCAACAACCAGGAGGACUAGUUGUUGAUCAGUUAAAGCAACAUGUCAGUAACCACUAUAUCAUGGCGGAAACGGGCAGCCCUCAAUUCAUGACAGCUUGGUCUGUUACAACUUCUGCUUCUGGGGUUAUAUGCGCUUUGAGUGCUCUCCUUGAUGUUUUUGUUAUGAUUUUUAUAAUCCCGGAUUUAAGCAACUAUGGGUCGGAUUACAGGUGGUCAAUUUCUGUAAUACUCAUAACACAAUUUUGUGGAGUAAUAUUGGGUACAAUUGCCCCUCUUUCUAGAUGUUUUACAUCGAUAAACUUCAAGUUAUCGAUUAAAUGGAUUUGGAACCAUAUAAGCGUCUUUAAAGUAGAGGCCUAUUGGACUCACAAGUUAUCCGAAUGGAAAGACAGUAGUAUACCAUUUUCAUUCCGUAGCCGCAAAUUCAAGAUUGUUGCCCAGAAUCUUAUAAUCCUAACUAUGAACAUAUGUAUGGUAUUUCAGAAGACAGUUGUCGUAGUUUGCAAGAUUAUAGCACUAAUCCCAAUUUUCUUUGUAAUAUGUAUCUUGUAUUUUGUUCGUUGUUAUAAACGUUUAAAAGGCAUGUUUAAUACCGCUCCUAUUGUGCCGGUAAGAAAGCCUGAGCAACAAGAACAAAAUAAGGAUCCUUACCAAUAUAUAUUGCAACUUGAAGAGGAUAUGGAGCUUUCUGAGAGAACGUUGAACGGCAUCACAAAAUCUGUUAACCGCUUGUUCCAAAAGGCUGAAAAGCAACAACCCAAAAAUCUUUUGAAGUUCCUAGAGGAAUCUUACAGGUUUGAAGGAGUUGGAAACUUUGACAUUGAUCGUGUCUCAACAACUUUAACGGCCUCAGAAAUAUAUCUAGAUUGUUGGAGCUUACCGGUGGUGACCCUGGCAACUAUCGCCAUUUCACUUCCUAACAUUCAAUGCAACCUAGUUGAUAGGCUGCUAAGUAGUGUAAGUGAAGGACUUGUAUAUGUUACAAUUGUCGAAGAAAAUCUCAACGCAAACGUUAACUACGCAAGUGUUCAGAAACCGGCUAGUAAAACAUUAUGGGUAGAAAUUGAAGUCUACCAGACAUGGUUGGGAAACAAGUUGCAAGACCAUGCUCCUCACAGGAGUACGUCAUUACAGAUUCUUCAAUGGUUUAAGGAUACGGCGAAAAACAUAGUCGAUGCAGAAAGUACGGAUGUUGGAGUUCGAGAUGAUAAGUCCAUAUGUAUGGCUAUUUGUGCCAGUUCAAUGUACAACAUAACACAAACAAUCCAGCUAUCCUAUGGUGAAAGCAUUGAACAUGUUAGCCAAGAAGAACUAUUUGCACAAUUAUCAUCAAUGAUUGCUAACAUAUUGGCCACUUGUCUCAAAAAUUUACCUCAAGUUAUAGAAAUGAAAUGCCACACAAGUUCCUUGGAGAAAAGGGAGGCGAGUGUACAUGCAGCAGCCCAACUUCUUGGUGAGACUACACAGAUAAUCAAUUGCCUUAGAGAUCGAAAACUUCCAACUCUUGAAUUAUUUCUUACCUUUUAG